AUGGCCCUGCUCAAAGCCGCGCGCGCCGCCGACGUGCCCACCCUGGACGUGGUGGCCCCUGGCCUGGUGGUGGAGGCGGGCACGGCGACGGCGUCAGCGUCGGCGGCGGUGGCGAUGGUGAAGAGCGGCGCUGCGGCGGCGGGCGGCGGCCGGUUCUCGGUGAUCGGGCACCGCGGCAAGGGGAUGAACGCGCUGGCGUCGGCGGACCCGCGGAUGCAGGAGGUGCGCGAGAACACGAUCCGGUCCUUCAACGACGCCGCGCGCUUCCCCGUCGACUACGUCGAGUUCGACGUGCAGGUCACCAAGGAUGGGUGCCCAAUCAUCUUCCAUGACAACAUCAUCUUCACCCAACAAGAUGGUAAAAUUUCACAGAAGCGUGUGACUGAUAUUAAUCUGGAAGACUUCCUCCAGUAUGGCCCCCAGAAUGAGCAGGGGAAGGUUGGGAAGCCCCUGCUUCGCAGACUGAAGGAUGGUAGGAUGGUGAACUGGAAUGUGCAAUCAGAGGACGCUCUUUGCACACUUCAAGAAGCGUUCGAGAAGGUCAGUCCAAGAUUGGGCUUCAACGUUGAGCUGAAAUUUGAUGACAGUCUUGAAUACCAGGAGGAAGAGCUCACUCGCAUCCUCCAGGCCAUCCUCAAGGUGAUUUCUGAGCACGCCAAGGAUAGGCCUAUACUUUUCUCUAGUUUUCAACCCGAUGCUGCACAGCUCAUGCGUCAAUUGCAAGGCACAUACCCUGUCUACUUCUUGACAAACGGAGGGACAGAGCUAUACACCGACGUGAGAAGGAACUCGCUGGAGGAGGCCGUCAAGCUAUGCCUUGCCAGUGGCAUGCAAGGAAUAGUUUCAGAAGCCCGCGGGAUAUUCAGGCACCCUGGUGCCGUACCAAAGAUCAAAGAGGCUAACCUCUCCCUGCUAACCUACGGGACAUUGAAUAAUGUGCCGGAGGCAGUGUACAUGCAGCACCUCAUGGGAGUGAAUGGGGUGAUCGUCGACCUGGUGCCGGAGAUCACCGACGCAGUCUCUGAGCUCAUUGCCCUGCCCGAGCCUGACGUGGAAGUGGACAACUUGAGCAACCAGGCAGCUAGAGGAGACACAACACCGAAUUUCUCGCAGCGCGAGAUCUCGUUCCUGCUGAGGCUUAUUCCCGAGCUUGUCCAAUAA